CACGGGGAGCACACAUACGUGUGCACUCCUGCCUUGAACGCACUGGAUUCCCUCACUGUAAGUUGCGAAUCGACGGACAGGGCGAGGCCCAGUCCUGUGGGUGCGACGCCUGAGGGUCUAAUCAAUCUGCUGACGGCGACGCAGCGUGAGGGGUCACGAAGAACUUGGAGACAGAAGUCAGCAAGGACUUCGAGACCCGGCGGCCCGUGCG